AUGCAGCAUUUAUUGGACGAUACUUCAAUAGACUCUGUCAAACAGGAGAUCAUGCUGCUUAAAGUAGCAGAGCUAAAGAAUGUUUGUCGUUCUAUAGGUCUGCCGAUAAGUGGGCGGAAGACGGAGUUACAAGAUAGACUAUCUUCGUUUUUAAUGGCUCCAAGUAGGGCUGGCAUGAAUGAUCCGUUCAGAAUUCCAGCAGUUAACAUUUUAGUCAAAAAGGCCGGUGCUGGUGAUCCAGUACCGAAGUUUGAAACAUUAUUGCAUGCGCUUGCUACAGGCUCAUUCAUGCAUCCUGUUGCAACCGGUCACCAGGAUGCUUCCGCUCUAAUAGGUAACAACAGACUUGCUGGUAAACCUCACCUGCGAUUUCAGCAAAGUCCAUUUUACAACUUGAAGAGACUGGUAGGCUCCGAAUCUGCUCCUGAGGCCCCAAGCAAGCGAGGAGUUGCUAACAUCUCUUUUAAACUAGUAGAAGAGGAGAUGAAACUACUCAAAAGUAGUCCUAAAAUUAAACUCUAUGUGUUUUGCGGAAUAAACAAUUCUUUUGGAGCUAGUAAUGACAUACCUAUUCAGUUUCCUCUGAGGAAUGAGAUUAAAUUUAACGGAAUACAAAUAAAAGACAAUGUUCACGGUUUGAAGAACAAGAUAGGAACUGCGAAACCCGCUGAUCUAACGCCGUACAUUAAUUGGCCACCAAAAUCAAAUCUUUUGCAGCUAGUUUAUGCAUUUACGAAAGACGACCAUAUGGUGUAUGUCUAUUUGGUCGAACUAAUAGAAACAGAGGAAUUGUUACAGAAGACAUUAAGUAGCCCUAAAAUUGUUAGGCCUGCAACGCUACAGUACAUCAAACAGACUCUUUCUGAAGAAGAAGAUGAAGAUAUGAUGACUACGUCAACAGUUAUGUCUUUACAGUGUCCGAUUUCGUAUUCUAGGAUGAAGUACCCUGUAAAAUCCAUCCACUGUCGCCAUUUACAGUGUUUUGACGCUCAGUGGUUUAUUGAAUCACAGAGACAAAUUCCUACAUGGCAAUGUCCAGUCUGCCAAAAGCAAAUUCGUAUAGAAGAUUUGGCAAUAUGUGAAUUUGUGCAAGAGAUCAUCAGUUCUACCGACGAAGAGGUUGAGCAGGUUGAAAUUAGUAAAGACGGUAGUUGGGUAAUCAAAGAUGAAACAGAAAAUCACAACCAGGAAGCUAGUACUGCACCUAAUAUUAAACAAGAGGCCACACCUGAUAUAAAGCCUGAAGAUUCACAUGCUGUAGAGCAGCAUGACGAACAUCCUCCACCGGAACAUGUAAUAAUUUCCUUAGACAGUGAUGAAGAAGACGAAAUAGAACAAGCGACAUCUAAAACCAAUCCACCAAACCGGCAGUCUACUUCACAAAAUUCCGAUAACACUUCAAGUAGUACCGAUUUAAACCAAGAUAACGAUUUAUUGGAUGAUGAAGAUAUGGCGUUCAUCGAAGAACUUGCCAAUUCAAUCAUUGAUCGAGUACCCAGGAGAUCGCAGCAUGAAAACAAUGUCACAAGCACAUCGAAUCUGAAUGUCAAUGGACUCAUUGACCCUAAUACUAGAAAUGAGGUACCAGAACGAAGAACGAGUUUGGAUCCUAGAAUGAAUGAUUAUGAUCUGCUGAAUUUAGCCGCAGAACAACCCACAAAUUUUCGUCAAAUGAGAGGAAGACUGUUAUCAGAGAAUAACCAAGAGAACUCGCGACCCCCAGUACCUAAUCUUUUGGGUAAGGCUCCUCUUAACACGGAUUCACAUAAGGUUGGACCACAACUCCCUAACAUGUCUCAACUCACAAACGCAGAUUCAAUGUUAUUCAAUGGAAAUGGACAAGCUCACCCUCAAGCACCUUCCGGUUCCUUUUCUGAUAGCAAUUCUCGGAUCGUUGUUCAACCAAUGGGAAGUUCUCCGCGUGGCCAAACAAGCGAUAAAGUCACACAGGUAUCCAUACAGCCCACAGAACCUCCUUCCAUGGGAGUUCCUGUACUACCACCUCUACCAACUUUGCCAGUGAGAUCAACUACUUCUACGAUGUCACCGAAUUUACCUCAACCACCGCCUAUCCAUGAUCCUAGAAGAAGGAAGCCAGAGGUAUCACCGUUUUUACCCAAGAAGAAUUUUAAGAAUGUUCUACCGAAGAAAAGAGCACACUCCAACGGCAACGCACAAAAUGUGCAUUCAGAAAUCAACGGGAACCAUGACUCUGGAACCUUACCAGCACCUUCACCCAUAUCCAAUGUGCAGGUAUCGCCUUCCCCGGCUAUAAUGAAUUCAAAUAAUGUACCGCCUCCUAAUGACUCUCUUAAUUCUGACGAUUUGAUCGACUUGACCUCCGAUUAA